UGCAAUGAUACAUAUAUAUGUCGAGAUAUAUAAUUGUUGAACCCUCACGUGACUCACUUCUCUGAUUAUAUAUGUUCUUGAGACACUCGAUCAGUUCUAUAAACUUACAUUAUCAUGGCUGCUUCUUCUUCUUCUUCUUCAUCUCACUACUUCACAUUCAAACCCACAUUCAUUUUUCACAUUCUCCCCCUCAUCAUCUUAACAAUCCCGACCCAACCCGCCAUCGGAUGCUACACAUCCAUCUUCGCCUUUGGGGACUCCCUCACCGACACCGGAAACUAUCUUCACUACUCUAUCUCCAAUAACUUGACUCUCCCCAACUAUGCUUAUCUACCAUAUGGAGAAACCUACUUCCAUCGUCCCACCGGCCGUUGCUCCGAUGGUCGUCCCAUCAUUGACUACAUUGCUCAGAAUCUUGGACUUGGAUUCGCACCACCUUAUUUGGAUAAUGGAGAGAAUAAUUCGUCAUUGAAUUUUGAAGAGGGUGUGAAUUUUGCAGUAGUGGGUGCUUCCACGAUGAAUGCUGCGUUCUACCGAGAAAUGGGAAUUGAAAAUCAAUACGAGAACUUUUCGUUGGGAGUUCAGUUGGGUUGGUUCAAAGAAAUGUUGCCAUCUCUCUGCGCCAACGCAUCUUCAGAUUGCAAUAAACUUCUUGAGAGUUCUCUUGUUCUAAUGGGAACGAUUGGAGGCAAUGAUUAUGACCAUUCAUUGACGGCAGGAAUAAGCUUAGAAGAGGUUGAAUCAUUUGUACCAAUAGUUGUUAAUACUAUUGCCUCAACUAUCAAUGAGUUAAUCGAGCUUGGAGUGGUGACGCUCAUGGUCCCUGGGAUCAUACCACUUGGAUGCACAGCGGCCAAUCUAGCCUAUUACACCAAUUCUACGGCGGAAGAUUAUGACCCCAAAACUGGCUGCCUCACUUGGUUGAACAAGCUUUCUGAGUACCACAAUGAAUUACUUCAGAUAGAACUAAACCGGAUUCGACAACUUCAUCCCCAUACCACCAUUAGCUAUGCAGAUUAUUACAAUGCUGCAAUGCCCUUGUAUCUUUCUCCCGCCAAAUUUGGAUUUACAGAAGGAGCUCUGACUGCAUGCUGUGGAGGGGGUGGCCCAUACAAUUACAACUCAUCUGUGUCAUGUGGCUCUCCGACGGUAACUAGUUGCGACGACCCUUCUCUGUAUGUUAACUGGGACGGUUUGCACUACACAGAAGCAGCAGCUAAAUGGAUUUCCGAAGGUCUAUUAUUCGGACCCUACACCAUUCCUCCGUUGAACACCUCAUGUGUUUCAGUUGCUGUGACUGCUGAAUCUUCAAACUAUGACUAGCUAUACCAUUUUAUUCGACCAUUUCCACUUUCUUUCCGUUAGUUUAACGUUCUGGCGUAUCGGACCGAGAAAACAACUAUCACCUUAUGUAUCCAUGGUGUUUUAUGCAGUAGUCUAAGAGUACGUCCAUGAUAUCUUCCAUGGCAACUGAAAUGAGCUAUGUAAUAAUUUGUAUGACAUAACUUUUGGGUUUUUUUAUUUA